AAACAUCCUAAAAGUCAUGUGACAAAUUUGUAUGCUAAUGAAGGGAGUAAAAUAAAAAUGUUCCAUAUAGAAACGGUAUGAUGAUCGGAAGAGGGUUUUAGCUGUGAGAAGUCACUCAAGUCAGAAAACACCGAGUGAGGAACAAGGCGAGAAUGGAGGGAGUAUCGAACCAGAGAUUCCCGAAGAUUAAAAUCCGGGAAGUGAAGGACGACUACAUGAAGUUUGAGCUUCGCGACACUGAUGCCAGCAUAGCCAACGCGCUUCGGCGCGUAAUGAUCGCCGAGGUUCCCACCAUCGCCAUCGACCUCGUUGAAAUCGAGUGCAACUCCACGGUCCUCAACGACGAGUUCCUUUCCCACCGUCUCGGCCUCAUUCCUCUCACCAGCGAGCGGGCAAUGAGCAUGCGCUUCUCGCGCGAUUGUGACGCCUGCGACGGAGACGGCCAGUGCGAGUUUUGCUCAGUCGAGUUCUACCUCCGUGUGAAGUGCCUCGGUGACCAAACCCUAGACGUUACCAGCAAGGACCUUCUGAGCUCUGACCACACUGUCGUACCGGUUGAUUACUCAGAUUCUACUUCCCCGACUCCGGAAUCUAAGGGGAUUAUUAUAGUUAAGCUACGACGUGGACAAGAGCUGAGGCUGAGAGCAAUUGCACGGAAAGGAAUUGGAAAAGAUCACGCAAAGUGGUCACCUGCAGCAACUGUUACAUUUAUGUAUGAGCCAGAUAUCUAUAUCAAUGAAGACAUGAUGGACACUUUGACACUUGAGGAGAAAAGAAGCAUUGUGGAAAGCAGCCCCACCAAAGUGUUUGACAUUGACCCUGUUACCCAACAGAUUGUUGUGGUUGAUGCGGAAGCAUAUACAUAUGAUGAGGAGGUGCUUAAGAAAAUUGCAUCUAUGGACAAACCUGGGCUUAUAGAAAUCAAUGCCAGGGAAGAUAGCUUCAUAUUCACAGUCGAAUCAACAGGUGCAAUCAAAGCUUCUCAGUUAGUGCUAAAUGCGAUCGAGGUUUUGAAGCAGAAGUUGGAUGCAGUCCGCUUAUCUGAGGAUACAGUUGAAGCAGAUGACCAAUUUGGAGAGUUGGGUGCGCAUCUGCGAGGCGGGUAAUCACAGCCUGCCCUUGCGACCUUAACUUUUAAUUUACUCCGUAUUUCUUAAUCAAAGGAUUGGUGACCUGUGUGUUUUUUAAUUCCUAGUACCCAACUUGCUUUUGUUCAAGGAAUGGGAAAAGAUCACGCAAAAGUUAUCAUUGAUGGGAGGCGGGGAGGGGGUGCAGGGUGUUUGCAGCUAAAAGCUUAAAAUGCUCUUAGAGGCUGUUUGCUUAUUUCAAUUAACUCAUGUUUAGAUCAAGAUGACUAUUUAUAUUAAAAAUGUCUGCAUUAUUUACUUUGCGU